UCUCCCUCGGUCUAACCCUUCCUCUUCAAGCCCCUCGUGACUCGAGGGGGGUAAGGAUGAAAAGGCCUUUUUCCAACUUGGGUAUAAAAAGGCUUCGGCGGAGAACUACCGGCACAGCGUCUCCGACUGCAAAACAAUCAGCAUCAUGAAGUUCGUAGUUCUCGCCUGCCUGGCCGCCGUUGCCCUCGCCGCCCCACAGCAGCCGAGCCCCGCCGAACUCCGCGCGGUGCCCAUCGUACGCGAGGACCGAACUGACGAUGGCGACGGCAGGUUCAGCUACAGCUUCGAGACCGGAAAUGGAAUCGCCGUGAGCGCCGAGGGAACUCCAGGCGUCGAGGGACAGAGCAACAUCGCUGGAACUUACAGAUUCCCCCUGGGCAACAACCAGUUCCUUGAAGUGACCUACGUCGCCGAUGAGAACGGAUACAAACCAUCCACCAAAUUCGUCGCCAGCAGGAAGUAAAAACACAAACACACACAGGCUAACAACUCUCCCACUCCGACCCGUCCCUCUCGAGACACGUAAACAAACCCUCCCCUUCCCCCGCCCAAUCCACAACCCCUCCAGAUCGGUUUAUGAAAAAUGACUCCAGAUGAGGUCGUCUCUCUAGAAGAAGAACAUGGCGUAGGACAUCCCUCAACGGCACCAUGAUAUCCCAGAGGACAUGCGGACGCAGACACACGCGCACACACACACACGCACAGGCACACUCAAGGAUUCUUCAGGCUCGCCCUGGUGGUGUUCAGUAUAGGCGGAUGAAUUUCAAAGCCACUGACGUCUGCAUCGUGUUCACAUUCUCCUUCUUAUUCUCUAUUUCGUCAUCUUGUCUUUUAUGGCUUUUCGAUUCGGUCGUCUUUCUUCUGUUUCUCUCUUGCUGUUUCUCUUACCUCUAGGUUUAAGCUACACAAAAAACAAGUAUUUAAUUCCAGCGGAAACACGUGAAUCCAUUCAAACAUUCAUCCCACCAAUCGGCUUCAUAAGAACACUUCACUUCGAACAUGCAUAAACAUUUUAUAAAUAUUCUCUUUGACAUGUUACACCGAGACACACGAACACAAGAUGGCGUCUUUGGGGGCAACAUAUCAAAUUAUCUUCUCUCUCUCUGUCAUGCGGCGUCAGACUUUAGUUCCUCCGUCUAGAAUUGUUAAUAAAGCUUUUGAUGCAAAUAAACAAAUAAUACCAAAA